AUGCCCCCAGCAUCUCCCCCCUCUUGGCUCAGACGUCGGACCGUGUUCGGACAGGUUACGAGUGUCGGCGACGGCGAUAAUUUCAGACUAUACCAUACUCCCGGAGGAAGGCUUGCAGGAUGGGGCUGGCUGCCCUGGAAGAGAGUUCCCGUCAACAAAAAGGAGCUCAAGGAUCAGACAAUUCAUAUUCGUUUAGCUGGUAUCGAUGCGCCUGAGCUCGCACACUUCGGCCGCCCCGAGCAACCCUUCGCCCGCGACGCCCACGCCUGGCUUACUUCAUACCUGCUCAACCGCCGAGUCCGGGCGUAUGUAUACCGGCAGGAUCAGUAUUCCCGCGUUGUCGCAAGUGUGUACGUUCGGCGAGCUUUUGAUUUGCCUCCAUUUCGGCGAAGGGAUGUGUCCUAUGAGAUGCUAAAGCGUGGGCUGGCAACGGUUUACGAGGCAAAGGCAGGGUCAGAAUUCGGAGGGCCUGAUAAGGAGAAGAAAUAUCGCAAGAUAGAGCGGUGGGCCAAGGCUCGCGCUAAGGGCCUUUGGAAGGACUACGGCCGUACUGGCUCUGACUGGGAGAGUCCACGCGAAUGUAAGACCCGCAUGGGCCUGGCCGAUGACGAGAAGAAAUUGAAACUGUGA